AUGUCGCUCAAAACACAUAUCAAAUUCGUGCUCGUCACCAUUAUCUACUUUGCUCACAUCUACUUCCGACGCCUUCCAAUCACUCUCUUGCCGUUGAUCCGCGAAGAAAUUGUGCUCACUAGCGAUGAUAUAGGUAAGCGCCUUCGCUUUUCGGGAAAUCGCUUCGAUAAGACCCUCUCGAAUCGUUAUUCACUGGAUCUAAAGCGUCACACUUUCAUUUUCUUUAAAAAAAACGAUUACCCUAACAAAACUAUCAUUGAUGAAAAGAUGAACUUUAAAAAACGAGAUUUCUUCAUGAUCACGUAUCAACAAAAUUCAAGUCAGCUGUGACGAAAGGCACGUACUAUCAUACGACCCGCAUUGAAAAGAAACCUCUGACUUUCCGAAGUCUCUUUCAGGUAUACUCGUAUCCUCACAUGCUCUCUGCUACACAAUAGGACGUCUUCUGUUCGGAGUCGCUUCCGAUCGGUACUCGAAAGUUGCACUUCUGCUCCUCGGCCUGUUCACGUGCGCAGCUUGUUCUGUCGGCUUAGCCUUCUCGAACCAUCUGUGGCAGUUGCUCAUUGCGAUGCUAUUUUUGGGGAUCGUACAGGGAGCCGGAUGGGUUCCCGCCACUCUCCUCGUCCAAUCGGUUAGUCGUUCUGUUCUUGUUGCAUACAAAAGGCUUCAAUGUUUUCAGUGGUACUCAAAGUCCACGUACGGCACCAUGUUCUCAAUCCUAGCCUGUGGUUCCACCUUCGCCGGAAUCCUUCAGCCAUUCUCCAAAAAGUUCUACUGGCGACACGUGGAACUGUACACUGGAGCCGGAAUGUUGCUCUUCGCGGUUGUCUGUUAUUUCGUACUCCAAGAAGACAAUGUCUCUCCGAAACACGUGGACGAGGAGGACGAACAAGAACCGAAUCCGGACAAGCCGAAGAAGAAGGGAGGACUCCGGAUGAUUGUCGGAUCCAUUGUCAUCUGGCACAUAUCCUUCGUCUAUCUGUUCACUAUGGAGGUGAGACUUUUUCCCAACUUUUUUGCCCCAACUGAACUCUAUUCAGAUGCGUACAAUCUGCGAGACAUGGGUUCAAUUGUUCCUGACCGAUUCUCAAAUGUCCCCAGAUGCCUUCCAAAUCACUUACGAGAUCGGAGGACUCGUCGGCACAAUGGCUUCCGGAAUAGUCAUCGAUCUGGUCACGCGUCGUUUCGAUGUUGACGCCACCCGCCGUGUCAUCGCCGUUUCCUACACUUGUUUGAUGAUGUUCUCCGCGGCUGGCAUAUUCGAAUUCCCGGUUAGUACCAGUUUUCUGAAGAGAUUAUGGGAUUUGUGUGUAAACUGUCCCCCUCUAAAUGUAUGUUUUUUUCAGGAGCUCAGCUCAGUGUUCGGAUUUCUGGCAGGAAUGUUCGUAAACGGAAGCAUCAAUGUGUGGUGUAUGAUCGCGUCGCAAGCAGGAUACACGAGAAUACAAGGAACCGUCAGCGCUUUCAUUUCUUUCGUCGCCAGCUGUGAGUACAUAUUUCCCGCUCUUCAAACUAUUAUCUUCUACAUUUCAGCUGGAUCAAUGCUCGCCGGCACUCCGCUCGCCCUCCUGAUCAGUCUCGUCGGAUACCGCGUCUUCCUGUACAUCUUCGCCGUGCAACUCCUCAUCGUUCUGAUCGUCUCCUCAUUCCGCGUCCGGCUCCGCAUGGACUCCGCGCAGAAGCAGAAGGAAACAACGAACGAAGAAGACGACGAAGGCGCGGGAGUGUGCAGCACCGUCGUCGAUUCUCAGAGGAAUCUGACGAGUUUGAAGAAGGAGACGAGAAUUUCGAUGCUUCUCGCGCUGUACGCAACGAAAAAGAUCAAGCCGUUCAAAGACGUGAUGGCCUCGAACAAGGUCUGA